AACAAUGUACAGCUUGAAUACUCUUCGACUCUACCUAUGGGAGACCAUUGUAUUCUUCAGCCUCGCUGCUUCUAAAGAAGCCGAUGCUGCCCGCUCUGCACCCAAGCCUAUGUCACCUUCGGAUUUCCUAGAUAAGCUGAUGGGCAGAACUUCUGGAUACGAUGCCAGGAUCAGGCCCAACUUUAAAGGUCCCCCGGUGAAUGUGAGCUGCAAUAUCUUCAUCAACAGCUUCGGUUCCAUCGCUGAGACCACCAUGGACUACAGGGUCAACAUCUUCCUGCGGCAGCAGUGGAAUGACCCCCGCCUGGCUUACAACGAGUACCCGGAUGACUCCCUGGACCUGGACCCAUCCAUGCUGGAUUCCAUCUGGAAACCCGACCUGUUCUUUGCCAACGAGAAGGGCGCCCACUUCCACGAGAUCACCACCGACAACAAACUCCUGAGGAUCUCCCGCAACGGAAACGUCCUCUACAGCAUCCGAAUCACCCUGACCUUGGCCUGCCCCAUGGAUUUGAAGAAUUUCCCCAUGGAUGUCCAGACGUGUAUCAUGCAACUGGAGAGCUUUGGAUACACCAUGAACGAUCUCAUCUUUGAGUGGCAGGAGCAGGGAGCUGUGCAGGUGGCCGACGGACUGACACUGCCUCAGUUUAUCCUAAAGGAAGAGAAGGAUUUGAGAUACUGCACCAAGCAUUACAAUACAGGUAAAUUCACCUGCAUCGAGGCUCGAUUCCACCUGGAGCGGCAGAUGGGGUACUACCUGAUCCAGAUGUACAUCCCCAGUCUGCUCAUCGUCAUCCUCUCAUGGAUUUCUUUCUGGAUCAACAUGGAUGCAGCACCCGCCCGCGUGGGCCUGGGCAUCACCACCGUGCUCACCAUGACCACACAGAGCUCAGGUUCCCGGGCAUCCCUGCCCAAGGUCUCCUACGUGAAGGCCAUUGACAUCUGGAUGGCGGUGUGUCUGCUCUUCGUGUUCUCCGCCCUCCUGGAAUAUGCCGCUGUCAACUUUGUGUCUCGACAACACAAAGAGUUGCUCCGGUUCAGGAGGAAGAGGCGACAUCACAAGAGCCCCAUGUUGAAUCUGUUCCAGGAAGAUGAGGCUGGAGAGGGCCGCUUCAAUUUCUCGGCCUACGGCAUGGGCCCGGCCUGUCUGCAGGCCAAGGACGGCAUCUCCGUCAAGGGUGCCAACAACAAUAACACCACCAACCCCCCUCCCGCCCCAUCGAAGUCCCCGGAGGAGAUGCGAAAACUCUUCAUCCAGAGGGCCAAGAAGAUCGACAAGAUAUCCCGCAUCGGCUUCCCCAUGGCCUUCCUCAUCUUCAACAUGUUCUACUGGAUUAUCUACAAGAUCGUCCGUCGAGAGGAUGUCCACAACCAGUGAAGGAAGGGGUUUGGGGUGCGUAGGGGGGAGGCCGGGAGAGGAGUCUGGAGCAGAGACCGGGGAGGAGAGGGGGCCGGGGGGUAUUGCACACAUCACUCUGGCUCUCUGCGGACUGUGCAAAGGCAAAAGGCCCUGGUGCAUGAAUAUUA